AUCAGCUCAGCAGUCAGAUAGAAGCAACUACAUAAACGGCCACUUCUGUAGCAGCAAGGAGAGCAAAGAAGAGGAUGAGAUAGUGAAGAAAGAAAAUGAAGACCUUCACGCUUAGAUCCCAAUUUCACUUCCUAGGAAGAUGCACCAAUCUCACCAACCCAACUUCAAAUUCUCCAUUUCUUGUACCCUUCAAAACCAAAUCCCAUCUUAAAUGCCCAUCUUCAAACCAAACUGUCCCUGAAAAAUGUUCUCAAAAAUCGUUAUAUUUCAAGCCCAUUUGCCAAAAACACUUGAGAGAGAAACGAUCUAAUGUUUCUCCAAAUGGGUGUUUAAGGUCUGUUGUAGUGGGAGCAGCAUCUGUAGGAGUUGUGUUGUUUUUGAUGGGAAUGGAUGAGCACAAAGCAUUGGCUUUAGGACCUGAAGGUCCACUGAUGGAAGAGUUUUGGGACAAUGUUAGGAGAUAUGCACUUUAUGCACUUACUGUAAGUACAGGUGCCCUUUAUACUAUCUUACAGCCUAUAGUGGAAUUGCUCAAGAACCCCAUUUCUGCUGUCCUCGUUAUUGUUAUUUUUGGAGGUAGUUUCUAUAUUGUUUCUCAGGUUCUCUCCGCCAUGUUUGGUAUCACUGAUUUUAGCUAUGAUUAUGGGUAUUAGAUUGACACUUCAUUUUCCUUUUUCCUUUAUUUGUUUGGUGAGUUAAAUGAUUUUGUCCCCAUUAAUAUAUGAGCAAUUGGGCA